CCUUUACGUCACUUUGAUGAAAGUGCUAAAUGCAAAACAUCCUCUCAAGGGUGACUGUCUUGUGUGGUUAACAUUUUAUUUACUCCGUCUUUGUUUUUUUCCCCCAAAAGCCAAAUUCCCAGUCUGCAAACGAAAAUUGUUAUACCAACGGCUUUCGAGAUCCACGUGAGACACAGACAGCCGAGUCUCGUCCCGAGCCGAGAGAGACAAAAGGCCAAAAUACGAUCAGAAUGAGCGAGCUGAGUCAGGAAGAGAUACGGAAGAAAAGGUUGGCGCGUUUGGCCGUGGUCGAGGCCUCGCCAGGAUCGUCGAACGGAGCGCAGGUGCCGACGUCGCCGAGUUCAUCGUCCUUGGCCGCGUCGCCAGUCACCCCCGGGCCGAUCACGCCGAUGAAGGAUUCAGCACCCUCGGAAAUAUUCACUCUCCCAGAAAAGAACAAACGGAAAAGAGCAAUGUUCGAAGAAAUUGGCUUUCCACCAUCGCUGUCCGGCCAGAAGAGUGAUUCUCUCAGCACCGAUUCAUCACAGAUGGAGGUCGAAGAAGUGUCCGAAGCAGAGAACUGCUCUGGCUCGAGGAGCGCCGGGGAGGGCAAAGGGACAUCGUUGCAAAUAGAUGUUGAUUCGGGUAUCGAAAACAUGGAAGUUGAUGAAUCCAAAGAAGCAAGGAUCAGGACUAUAAGCACAGGCAGUGAAGUUCCUGAAGAAUAUUUGCAAACGGUAGUGUCAAGAGUGUUGUGUGUCUCGUGGACAGAACAAGCCGAAUCCACAAUAUAUCUGCCCGAGACGGCCGCCGUCAUGUCCGAAAGGCAGAAGGAGGAGCAGCAGACUGACAUACAGGACCUGAUAAGCCAGUGCCUGAUGGAAGUUAUGUGCCAGAUCGCCUCAGGGGAAAACCCGCUUCCAUCGCCGAUUCUGUGCUCAACGCCGGACGACAACGUGGAGAUGAAAUCGCUUCCAGCUGUGCCAAACCCACCGUCACACGCUUCCACAACACUCACAUACCUCACAGAAUGCUAUAGCCGCGUCGCCAUCGAAGAGCGCAACCACCCAAAGAAAAGCAGCGUCAAGCCGCUGAGCACAGUUCUAGCCGAAGUCAGGGCCCAGUGCGUACAGUUUACAUCUCUCAUGCUCCAGGAUGUCGUCCUGGAGGAAGUCGAUUUUACCGGGCCUGCUGGUUCGCUUUCGUCGCCUCUUCUCCAGCCUAUUCUCAUGCAGACCCUCCCAAGAGGCUUUCUCGUCGAGCUGUUGACACGCCUUCACAACAACCCGGAAACGCUUAGCAGAGUAUUCAGCCCAGUUCUUCAAGGUUUGUUCAGAGUAAUGCAGAGCGUUUCGCUUGUCGACGAUGCUCACAGAAAGCCUCUUGAAGCUCUCGCUGAAUUAGUCGACAUCCGGUGCGGCCCCAAUGGGGUCAGGCCAAUCUGUUCUCUCAUCACCAACCAGGUUCAGUUCCUGCCCUACACAGUGACAAAUGCAGCAGGACGAGAAGUAACAAGGACUUCCUUCCUCGGCCCGUUUCUUUCUGUCUCAGUUUUCACGGAAGAGGACCCGAAAGUCGGUGACAGGUUCUUUUCAGGAAACUCUACAACAGAUAAAUCCCUUUAUACAACCUUGCAAGGCGUUCUUGAAAAUUCUAGAGUCAUCACACACAAAAUUUUCCACGAUAUACUUGUUAAUGGCUCAUCGAGGGAGCCGAUGCUAGCGUACAUUGCAGCGCUUCUGCGCCGUAACGAAAAAAGGACUCAGAUGCAAACUGACGACAAAGCUCUCGCCGGUGACGGCUUUAUGAUUAAUUUACUCUCAAUUAUGCAGAUGCUAUCUGUUAAGAUAAAAAUGGAUAGGAUCGAUCCGUUGUACCUAUUCCAUCCGGCAAGUAUGGUGGAUGUGAAAUACGAUACUAGACUCAGAUUCACAUCGACGGAAGCACAGGAUUGGCUCAACACAUUGAACAAGGAGAUCUACUGGAGUGCACCUAAAUUUUCAACUCAGUGCUGGUUUCUAACCCUCCACUGUCACAACAUUGCUCUUAUUCCAGCAAUGCAACGUUACCAAAGAAGACUGCGUUCUCUCAGGGAUCUACAAAAAUUGGUGGACGAAAUGAUGAAUAGUGAAGACCAGUGGAAGUCACUGCCAUUGGCUGCUAGGAAUAAGGAACUUAUUAAAAGAUGGAAGCAUCAAAUCAAGAAACUUGUAAGAAAUAAGUCAUGUGCGGAAGCAGGCCUACUCGAUAAGACUUUAAUACGCCGCUCAUUAGUGUUUUACACGUCAGUCGCCGAAUUUUUGCUCAGGGUGCUCACUGGGGAGCCUUAUAAGUACAACCCGACGCUUCCACUGCCACAAGAGCCGCCGCAGAUAUUUUCAGCUUUACCCGAGUGGUACGUCGAGGACAUCGCAGAAUUCCUACUUUUCAUUUUACAAUUUAUGCCGACAGUAGCAGACGGUCUGGACGAUACAUUAGUCACAUGGCUUCUCGUCUGCGUGUGCAGUCCUCAGUCAAUAAGAAAUCCGUACCUCGUAGCUAAAGUUGUUGAAGUCCUUUUUGUACUCCACUCUGGAAUUCUUCCAAGGAAUCUUCCUCUCCACCAACGAGUUAUGAGUCAUCCAAUUUCAGAAACUCAUCUGGCUUCUUAUCUCAUGAAAUUUUAUACCGAUGUUGAAACAACUGGGUCCAGUUCUGAGUUUUAUGACAAAUUUACUAUUAGGUAUCACAUAAACUUGAUACUGAAAAGUAUGUGGGAAAGUCCUGUCCAUUGCGAUUCAAUUGUUAAAGAAUCCAAGUCAGGAAAGCAGUUUGUUAAGUUUAUAAAUAUGUUAAUGAAUGACACGACUUUCUUGCUCGAUGAAAGCUUAGAAUCUUUAAAGAGGAUACACGAAGUUCAAGAGUUGAUCACCGAUCAGAAUCAAUGGAGCCAGUUGUCUACAGAGCAACAGCAAUCACGUACAAGGCAGUUAUCAGCUGAUGAAAGGCAAUGCCGAUCUUAUUUAACUCUGGCAAAAGAGACGGUUGAUAUGUUCCACUACUUGACUGUUAAAAUCAAAGAGCCAUUUUUGAGGCCUGAGCUGGUCGGAAGGCUGUCAGCCAUGCUGAACUUCAAUCUGCAGCAGCUGUGCGGACCUAAAUGCAAGAAUUUGAAGGUGCUCAAGCCAGACAAGUACGGUUGGGAGCCUAGGAAACUGUUAAGCCAGCUCGUUGACAUCUACUUGCACUUAGACUGUGAAGAGUUUGCCGCUGCCAUCGCCGCUGAUGAGCGUUCAUUCAGGAAAGAACUGUUCGAAGAUGCCGGUACACGGUUACAAAGGUCGCUCAUCAAGUCAACGACCGAAGUAGAAAAGUUCAGAGCUCUCACUAGAAGAGCGGCAGAAAUAGCAAUCAUGAACAUUAAGAAAGAAGUCGAUUACAACGACGCACCUGAAGAAUUCAGAGAUCCUUUAAUGGACACUUUAAUGGAUGACCCAGUUUUAUUGCCUAGUGGUAAAGUAAUGGAUCGAUAUGUGAUCAUAAGGCAUUUACUUAAUUCAUCGACAGACCCUUUCAGCAGGCAGCCAUUGUCCGAAGAUAUGCUGCUUCCUGCAACUGAACUGAAAGAGAGGAUACAGGCAUGGAAAAAGGAAAAAGAGAGCAAUAUCAAGAUGUGAAAGUUUUCCACCCCUUUUGCGGGGACAUAACGCAAUCUGUUGAUCUAUGUGUAAAUAUGAAGGGUGUUAAUAAGUGGGGAGGGUGGUAUCAAGAAAGGAAGCACAAAGUCCGAGGGCAGCUUAAUAAUAUCUGUAAAUAAAGGAAAACAAGUCCGUUGAAGGAUGAGAAAACAUGUCAAAAUAUUUAACAUGGAUCGAUUAAAUGACCAAACAGUGCCUUCUAAAGUGUAAUUAAUGUAAUUUGUGUAUUCCGUUGGCCGUUACGGGUCAGUUAUCCUACCACGUCCAAGCCCUCUCCCGGCUUAAAAAUAACAAACCCAAAACCCAAUGUGAUUUUUCUUUUGUGAACUCUCCUGCCUGUAAAUAUCCUCAACGUACUAAUUAUAGCAGUAUAAUAUAAAUAUUGUCUGGUCGCUUAAUUGUCUAUCUCUCUAGAGCAUUAUAAUGUGAAAACGUG